UCAGAUUGGGUGUCUUUUUGUGUGGCUCCCGUACGCGUGUGCAGGGGUAGUUCCUCCUCCAGGGCGGAUUUUGGAGGUCAAAUAAAAGCGCUCUGCACAUCUGCGCUCUCCGCAGAGGUACGUGCGAGAGCAGGAGGGGCAGGACGCACAGGGAGAGAAACGGGGAACUUGGAGACUUGAAGAGGCUGUGGUGAAUCUGAAUCCUCAGCCAGUGAACUACCGCGUCUCCUCGAGCCUCCAUUGCUAGGAAAGGAAGGUUUAACUGUCGGUAUACUUGUUUUUCAUCUCACCUGUGAAAAUGACCGGUGGCCCGUUGGGCACGGCGUUGGCGGUGGCUUUGCUAGCCUAUACUGUGCAGUGUAUGCCAAGAGGAACAGGGAAACAUAGGAGACAAGCUCAGGAACACUCGGUGUCAUCUGUAUCCCAAGAUGGCUGUAUUGAGGGAGGUCAGCUUUAUGGAGUUGGAGAACAGUGGGAGCGCAGUUAUCUGGGCAGCAUACUGCUUUGCACUUGUCAUGGAGUUUCUGGUAUAAAGUGUAAAUCAAAGCCUGAUGCUGAGGAAACCUGCUAUGAUAAAGUAAACCUUCGCUCCUAUCGGGUUGGAGAGACUUAUGAGAGGCCCAAGGACGGGAUGAUCUGGGACUGCACUUGCAUUGGCUCCAGCCGAGGGAAAAUCAGCUGCACUAUUGCGAACCGCUGUCAUGAGGGAGGGCACUCCUACAAGAUUGGAGACACAUGGAAGAGACCCCAUGACACUGGAGACUACAUGCUAGAGUGCGUGUGUUUGGGAAAUGGAAAAGGAGAAUGGACCUGCAAACCUGUUGCGGAACGCUGUUAUGACAAUGCUGCUGGCACAUCCUACAUGGUUGGUGAGACCUGGGAGAAACCCUACCAAGGCUGGAUGAUGGUGGACUGCACCUGUUUAGGAGAAGGAAGUGGACGUAUUACAUGCACAUCCAGAAAUCGCUGUAAUGACCAGGACACACGCACUUCUUACCGGAUCGGAGACACGUGGAGCAAGACGGAUUCUCGCGGACAUGUGCUACAGUGUUUAUGUACCGGAAAUGGACGUGGAGAGUGGAAAUGCGAGAGACAUGCAUCACUGCACACCACUAGCCUGGGUACUGGGUCUCGUGUGGUGACCAAUGUCCAGCCUGCAGUGUUGCAGCCACAGGCGGUGCCUGAAAACCCCACGGAGGGAUCCUGUCUGACAGACGCAGGUGUUUCCUAUGCCCAGGGCAUGCGCUGGAUCAAGACCCAGGGCAGCAAACAGAUGUUGUGUACCUGCUUGGGCAACGGUGUCAGCUGUGAUGAAUCAGAGAGCCAGUCCCAGGUGUAUGGUGGGAGCUCAGGUGGCCAGCCGUGUGUGUUCCCUUUUGUGUUCAUGGGGAAAACGUUCUACUCCUGCACAUCUGAGGGACGCAGUGAUGGGCAGCUCUGGUGCAGCACCUCAAGUGACUUUGAGAAAGACUACAAGUACUCCUUCUGUACCAGCAAGAAUGUUAUGGUCACAACAAGAGGGGGAAACUCCAAUGGUGCACUCUGUCACUUCCCGUUCCUUUACAAUGGCCGUAACUACACUGACUGCACUGCUGAAGGCAGGAGAGAUGGCAUGAAAUGGUGCGGCACAACUUAUAACUAUGACCGAGAGCAGCGGUUUGGCUUCUGUCCCAUGGCAGCCCAUGAGGAGGUGUGUACCACUGGUGAGGGUGUGAUGUAUCGUGUGGGUGAUCAGUGGGACAGACGCCAUGAUGUUCUGGGUCACAUGAUGCGCUGUACCUGUGUGGGCAAUGGCCGUGGAGAAUGGAGCUGCAUCGCCUACUCGCAACUCAAAGACCAGUGCAUUGUGGAUAAUUUAACCUACGAAGUAAAUCAGACUUUUACUAAACACCACGACGAAGGCUACAUGAUGAACUGCACCUGUUUCGGUCAAGGCCGUGGACGCUGGAAGUGUGAUGCUAUCGAUCAGUGCCAGGAGCCAGAAACUAGAGUGUUCUAUCAGAUUGGAGACUCCUGGGACAAACUCAUUCAGGGAAUCCACUACAGAUGUUACUGCUAUGGAAAUGGCAUCGGAGAGAUGAGCUGCGAGCCUCAGCAGACUUUCUCUGGUGGUCAUCGUCCAGUGCAGGUGAUUAUAUCAGAGUCUGGCAACCAGCCCAACUCCCACCCCAUCCAAUGGAACGCGCCGGCUUCUGAACACAUCACACAGUACAUACUCAAAUGGAGACCGAAAAACACCCAUAUCCGAUGGAUGGAGGUUACUAUUCCAGGCCAUCUGAACUCUUACACUAUUGCUGGACUAAAGCCAGGAGUCACCUACGAGGGUCAACUCAUCAGCAUCCUGCGUUUUGGACGUAGAGAAACCACUCGCUUUGAUUUCUCCACCGUGCAUGGCUCACUGACACCCUCUGAGGGAGAGACGACCCCACCUCCUCCAAUGGUGGACACCUCUGAGUCUGUGACUGAGAUUACUUCCAGCAGUUUCGUCAUCUCUUGGGUGUCUGCGUCCGACACAGUGUCUGGAUUCAGGGUGGAAUAUGAGCUGAGUGAGGAGGGAGGGCAGACCGGACAGCCCAUGGUCUUGGACCUUCCUCAUACGGCCACAUCCGUGAACAUCAGUGAACUUCUCCCAGGAAGGAAGUACACUGUAAAUGUGUAUGAAGUGACAGGAGAAGGAGAACCUAACCUGAUCCUAACUACUUCCCAGACCACGGCUCCUGAUGCUCCUUCUGAUCAUGAAGUGGAGCAAGUGGGGGAGACCUCCAUCAUCAUCAGCUGGUCUAAACCUGUGGCUCCCAUCACGGGUUACCGUGUGAUUUACACACCGUCUGAAGAGGGUAGCUCUGGUAGCACAGAGUUGAACCUGCCUAACACAGCCACCUCAGUGACCCUGGGUGACCUUCGCCCCGGUCUGCUCUAUAACAUCAGCAUCUACUCAGUGGAAGAGAAUCUGGAGAGCGAACCUAUUUUUGUUCAGGUCACAACUGCUGGGGAACCACUGGCAGAGGAAGUUCCGUCUCCAACCGAUCUGCAGUUCUUUGAAGUGUCUGACUCUAAGAUCAUAAUCACUUGGACCGGUCCAUCCAUAGAGGUGUCUGGGUACCGUGUGUCUGUGGGCGAGGUGGGUCCAGAUGGGUUGGUCGAGAGAGAACUGCCAUUCCCAGUGACACAGAACGCCUACGCUGAGAUCACACACCUCCAGCCUGGAACCCUUUAUCGCUUCUUCAUCUUUGCUCUAAAAUCAGGGAAAGAGAGCGAGCCGCUGGUUGGAGAGCAAGCUACAAAGCCCGACCCACCCACCGAUAUUCAAUUCACUAACGUUAAUGAAGACAGUGCUGUAAUCAUCUGGUCAGCUCCUAGAGCUCAAAUCACAGGUUACAGACUUUUCCUGACUGUCGAGGGCUCAAACCCCAAACAGCUGCGUAUUCCUGGCCGUAUGUCACAGUACACACUCAUCAACUUGCAGCCUGACACUGAGUACACUGCCACUCUGCAUGCGGAAAGAGGCAAUGUGCUCAGUGAGGGGUCCAUCGCCUCCUUCACCACACUUCAGCAGAUGGGAAAUACGCCUUACUUCAGCACUGAUGUCACAGACACCUCCAUCAUUGUCUCCUGGAACCCUGUGCCUAAAAUUGGAUACAAGUUGACCGUGAGGCCCAGCCAAGGUGGAGAAGCUCCAAGGGACGUGAUCUCAGAGUCUGGUAGUGUCCUCAUCUCAGGUCUAACUCCUGGAGUUGAGUACACCUACAGCGUCCAGCCGGUCAUCAGCGGUCAUGAGCAUGGCAACCCCAUCACUCGACGCGUGGUCACUCCUCUUUCUCCACCCACGGAUUUGAACCUGCAGUCCAACCCGAACACUGGAGAGGUGACGGUUCAAUGGAGCGAUGCUGAAAUCCCAGACAUCACGGGGCACAGGGUGACCUGCCGUCCCACCAAAGGGCAACAAGGGAACUCUGUAGAGGAGUUUGUGAAGGGCAGGACAGAACUCGUACACGUUAGAGAAUCUGAGUCCAGGAGUGGAGUACAAUGUCAGUGUGUUUACUGUGAAGGAUGGCAUGGAGAGUGUUCCUGUCUCCAUCACUUUGACUACGGAGCCCGACCCACCCCACCGAUAUUCAAUUUCACUAACGUUACUGAAGACAGUGCUGUAAUCAUCUGGUCAGCUCCUAGAGCUCAAAUCACAGGUUACAGACUUUUCCUGACUGUCGAGGGCUCAAACCCCAAACAGCUGCGUAUUCCUGGCCGUAUGUCACAGUACACACUCAUCAACUUGCAGCCUGACACUGAGUACACUGCCACUCUGCAUGCGGAAAGAGGCAAUGUGCUCAGUGAGGGGUCCAUCGCCUCCUUCACCACACUUCAGCCGAUGGGAAAUACUCCUUACUUCCGCACUGAUAUCACAGAUACCUCCAUCAUUGUCUCCUGGAACCCUGUGCCUAAAAUUGGAUACAAGUUGACCGUGAGGCCCAGCCAAGGUGGAGAAGCUCCAAGGGACGUGAUCUCAGAGUCUGGUAGUGUCCUCAUCUCAGGUCUAACUCCUGGAGUUGAGUACACCUACAGCGUCCAGCCGGUCAUCAACGGUCAUGAGCAUGGCAACCCCAUCACUCGACGCGUGGUCACUCCUCUUUCUCCACCCACGGAUCUGAACCUGCAGUCCAACCCGAACACUGGAGAGGUGACGGUUCAAUGGAGCGAUGCUAAAAUCCCAGACAUCACGGGUCACAGGGUGACCUGCCGUCCCACCAAAGGGCAACAAGGGAACUCUGUAGAGGAGUUUGUGAAGGCAGGACAGAACUCGUACACGUUAGAGAAUCUGAGUCCAGGAGUGGAGUACAAUGUCAGUGUGUUUACUGUGAAGGAUGGCAUGGAGAGUGUUCCUGUCUCCACCACUUUGACUACGGAGCCCGACCCACCCACCGAUAUUCAUUUCAUCAACGUUACUGAAGACAGUGCUGUAAUCAUCUGGUCAGCUCCUAGAGCUCAAAUCACAGGUUACAGACUUUUCCUGACUGUCGAGGGCUCAAACCCCAAACAGCUGCGUAUUCCUGGCCGUAUUUCACAGUACACACUCAUCAACUUGCAGCCUGACACUGAGUACACUGCCACUCUGCAUGCGGAAAGAGGCAGUGUGCUCAGUGAGGGGUCCAUCGCCUCCUUCACCACACUUCAGCCGAUGAGAAAUACUCCUUACUUCAGCACUGAUGUCACAGAUACCUCCAUCAUUGUCUCCUGGAACCCUGUGCCUAAAAUUGGAUACAAGUUGACCGUGAGGCCCAGCCAAGGUGGAGAAGCUCCAAGGGACGUGAUCUCAGAGUCUGGUAGUGUCCUCAUCUCAGGUCUAACUCCUGGAGUUGAGUACACCUACAGCGUCCAGCCGGUCAUCAGCGGUCAUGAGCAUGGCAACCCCAUCACUCGACGCGUGGUCACUCCUCUUUCUCCACCCACGGAUCUGAACCUGCAGUCCAACCCGAACACUGGAGAGGUGACGGUUCAAUGGAGCGAUGCUAAAAUCCCAGACAUCACGGGUCACAGGGUGACCUGCCGUCCCACCAAAGGGCAACAAGGGAACUCUGUAGAGGAGUUUGUGAAGGCAGGACAGAACUCGUACACGUUAGAGAAUCUGAGUCCAGGAGUGGAGUACAAUGUCAGUGUGUUUACUGUGAAGGAUGACAUGGAGAGUGUUCCUGUCUCCAUCACUUUGACUACGGAGCCCGACCCACCCACCGAUAUUCAUUUCAUCAACGUUACUGAAGACAGUGCUGUAAUCAUCUGGUCAGCUCCUACAGCUCAAAUCACAGGUUACAGACUUUUCCUGACUGUCGAGGGCUCAAACCCCAAACAGCUGCGUAUUCCUGGCCGUAUGUCACAGUACACACUCAUCAACUUGCAGCCUGACACUGAGUACACUGCCACUCUGCAUGCGGAAAGAGGCAAUGUGCUCAGUGAGGGGUCCAUCGCCUCCUUCACCACACUUCAGCCGAUGGGAAAUACUCCUUACUUCAGCACUGAUGUCACAGAUACCUCCAUCAUUGUCUCCUGGAACCCUGUGCCUAAAAUUGGAUACAAGUUGACCGUGAGGCCCAGCCAAGGUGGAGAAGCUCCAAGGGAUGUGAUCUCAGAGUCUGGUAGUGUCCUCAUCUCAGGUCUAACUCCUGGAGUUGAGUACACCUACAGCAUCCAGCCGGUCAUCAGCGGUCAUGAGCAUGGCAACCCCAUCACUCGACGCGUGGUCACUCCUCUUUCUCCACCCACGGAUCUGAACCUGCAGUCCAACCCGAACACUGGAGAGGUGACGGUUCAAUGGAGCGAUGCUAAAAUCCCAGACAUCACGGGUUACAGGGUGACCUGCCGUCCCACCAAAGGGCAACAAGGGAACUCUGUAGAGGAGUUUGUGAAGGCAGGAGAGAACUCGUGCACGUUAGAGAACCUGAGUCCAGGAGUGGAGUACAAUGUCAGCGUGUUUACUGUGAAGGAUGACAUGGAGAGUGUUCCUGUCUCCACCACUUUGACUACGGAUGUGCCCAAAAUAACUGACCUUAGCUUCAUCAACAUCACUGACUCCACUAUCGGCCUCAGCUGGAGUCCUAUUAACUCCACCACUGUUACCGGCUACCGCAUCACGGUGUUGGCUGCUGGGGACAGUGUCCCAAUCUUUGUUGAAAUUGUGGAGCCCACAACAGGCGUUUAUACUGUGCAUGGUCUGGAGCCCGGUAUUGAUUAUGACAUAACCGUCACCACAGUCACAGAAAAUGGAGAGAGCGAACCCAUCACCAUCACCCAGCAAACAGCUGUCCCUGCUCCAUCUGGCCUGUCAUUUGGAGAAGUGACUGCAGACACUAUGCUGGUGACCUGGAAAGCCCCUCAGGUGCCCAGAUCCUCUGAUAUCGAGCGCUACAUCAUCCGCUAUCAUCCAGUUGAUGACGACGAUGACACCAUUGAGCGCACUGUAGAUGGAAACACAAACUACGUUGUUCUUCGCCAUCUUGUGCCCAACACUGAGUACAUGGUGAGUGUGAUUUGUGUCUAUGAAGAGAGAGAGAGCUCACCUGCCAUUGGGACUCAGAGAACAGUCCUCGAUGCACCUGUCGGCCUGCAGUUCUCAGAUGUGGGCACCAACUCCUUCACCGUACGCUGGCAGGCUCCUCAGGCUGUUAUCUCAGGAUACCGUAUCCGCUACCAAAAGACCAGUGGGGGACGUGCUAAAGAGGAGAGACUGCCCCCGUCGAGGAGCCAUUUCACCCUCACAGGCCUGACCCAGGAGACCGAAUACAGCAUCAGCGUCUACGCCGUCAGCAGAUCCCGCGAGAGUCUGCCUCUAACUGGAACUCAGUCUACCAUCUCUGAUGCCCCCACUGACCUAGAAGUCAUCUCCUCAACGCCAACCAGCAUCACCGUUCGCUGGGAUGCCCCCUCUGUCACUGUGAGGUACUACAGGAUCACACAUGGAGAGUCAGGAGGUUCAGACGCUCCUCAGGAAUUUACUGUUCCCGGCUCCCAGUCUACUGCCACUAUUGAUGGCCUCCGUCCAGGCACUGAUUACACUAUCACUGUUUACGCUGUGACUGGCAGAGGGGACAGCCCUGCGUCCAGCACCCCCAUCCAUGUUAUACACAGAACAGAUAUCGAGUCUCCUUCAGAGAUGGAGGUGACUGAUGUGAAGGACAACACUAUUACUGUUCGUUGGAGCCCAGCAGUGGGUCCCAUCUCAGGAUAUCGUGUCACAGGAACACCACUAAAUGGACAGGGACCUAUUUUAGCUGAAGUGGUUGCUCCAGACCAGACUGAAAUGACGUUCUCUGGCCUGAUGCCGACAGCGGAGUACACCGUCAGUGUGUAUGCUUUGGGACAGGAUGGAGAGAGCCCUCCUCUGGUUGAAACUGUAGUCACAACGGUGGACAAACCCAAAGACCUGUCCUUCACUGAUGUGGACUCAACCUCCAUGCGCAUCUCCUGGGAGAGUCCUGAUGGGGUGGUCUCCUCUUACAGAGUGCUGUACUACAGUCCAGAGGAGGGGGAGAGAGAGCUGUUCCCUGCCCCACGUGGAGAGGAUGAGUCUGCAGUGCUGCAUGGCCUCAGACCGGGCACAGAAUACACUGUUAAAGUCAUUGCACUGCAUGACCGGACCCCCAGCACUCCACUGGUGGGCACUCAAACAACAGCUAUUCCUGGACCCACAAGUCUGCACUUCUCCCAGGUGGGUCCAACAUCCUUCACUGUCUCCUGGUCUUCUUCAGACGUCAGGCUGACAGGUUACCGUGUGGCCAUCACCCCCAAGAGCAAAAAUGGACCCACUAAAGAGGACAACAUCUCCCCUGACUCAACUGAGUUCCACGCCACUGGACUCAUGCCUGGCACUGAUUAUGAAGUGGAGGUUUACGGUGUGAAGAACUCUCUCACCAGCCGUCGUGUCAAAGGAGAAAUCACAACACCUGACAACAUCAGUCCACCUCGACGUGUCCGUAUAUCCAAUGUGAAGGACUCCUCCAUCACUCUCACCUGGCGCUCUAAGACCGAGGCCAUCUCUGGCUUCCUGGUAGAGGCCACACCCACCCUGGGCAGCCAUAAACCUAUCCAGAGAACCAUUGAACCUGAUUCACGCACCUACACCAUUACUGGUCUGGAGCCAGGAACCAAUUAUAAAAUCAAUAUCUAUACUCUGAAUGGAAGCUCACGUAGUGAGCCUUUCACCCUUACAGCUACUACAGCCAAACCAGUUAUCAGCCCACCCACAAACCUCCAUUUCACCUCUCUGACUCCUACUUCGAUCUCCUUCAUCUGGGAGCCUCCACGAAGCACCAUCACUGGAUACUAUGUGACUUAUGGAGAGGCUGGAGACAUUCCUAAAGAGCUGAUCCCUCGACCUCAGGCUGGCAGGACCUUUGCUUCCAUCUCUGGUUUGAAACCGGGCACUGAGUACGUUAUCAAGAUUGUGGCAUUAAAUAAUGCUCAGAGAAGCAUUCCAUUGAUUGGAAAGGCAAAAACUCAACUGGAAAUUCACCAGCUGCCCCCCCAGCUCCCUGACCCCAGCCGGCCCAGCCAUGACAUCCUGGAUGUGCCAGAAGACAACGACCACUUUAACAACCACGUGCAUAUGGUGGGGCCAAACAGACACAACACACUGGGGCAGCAGGGCCAACACAUCUACACUGAACAUCAGAGCUACAACCUGGGCAAUAACGGCCAGCAGCCUCAUCUCCCAAGCCAGCGCGAGCCCCUGGUCUACAUCCCCCUGCCGGGAGCAGAUGGCCAGAGAGUGCCAGUGGUGCAGGUGAGCGAGGGACCUGAACCUGGCUUCCCCUUCGGUGGCCUUUACAAUGAGACAAACCUGCCCCAGGAAGCUCAGACCCAGACCACAAUCAUGUGGCAGCCUGUGCCGCACACCUCAGAGUACGUGGUGUCAUGCAGUCCCCUUACAGAGAUCAAUGAGAAGACCUUCCAGAUGCGUCUGCCUGGUAUGUCCACUAGCGCUACACUGAUCGGUCUCACCUCUGGUGCCUCCUAUAAUGUUCUUGUGGAGUCUGUCAACGGAGACCAAAAACAGAAAGUCCUGGAAGAUGUCGUGACUGUCAGAAACAGUGUUCCAGGGGCUGGAGUGAUUCCCACAGGCAGGGAUGUGUGCUACGACACAUUCACCGCCACCUACCAUGAGGUGGGCGCGGAGUGGGAGCGCAUGUCCGAGACAGGCUUUAAACUCUGGUGCAAGUGCCUUGGCCUCGGCAGUGGUCAUUUCAGAUGUGAUUCAUCCAGUGAGUGAAUGAGCUGUGCCGCUACAUGCUAAACACCACACCUCACUCUAGCAUGGGUGACCGUUUGCCAAUUACAAAUGUUAUGUUUUAAUUUUAUGCAUUUUUUUUAGUGAAGUAAAACACAUGUGGAGUUCAAACUCCACACUGUUGCUCAUGCUAGCUUUUCCUGACAUGUUUGUAGCGGUCAUCAAACAUGACAGACAGAUAUGAGGUGGCUCAUGUCUCAGAUUUGUAUUGUCAGCUUUUAACCAGACGAUAUUAAACUCU